GCAAGGCACAACCGACCGUACUUGAUUGCUGAACCGAUGGAUAAAUGAUCGGAAUGGCAUGAUAAAAGAGACGGCUCGAAUAUUACGAUCAGUGAAAAUAACCCGUCUCCUCCGCGGCGACGCACAGCAUGGACGGACACGGCGCUCCGCCCACUCCGGGCCCACGACACUCGCCAUCACAGGUACACGCCUACAUUCCAUAUUCACCUGCCGAUCCGCACGCUCGCCAUCGAUCAGGAUCCUACAACGGAGUGUUGCCAUCGCCAAAUUUCUAUCAGCGGAGCAUGCCGCCGUCACCUACACGUCAGCCACUUGUUCGAUCACCCUCCGCUGUUCGUGAUAGACCAACAUCGAGCUACUACGAUCCCACAAGUGAGGCACGAGCGAAUAUAACCGCCGCAACCUACCUUCCUCGUUCGCCUGUGCAGCCCCGAGUGCAUCCCGAUCACCCUCAAUUGGCGCCGGCAUUUCCUAACGGGCAGAGUAUCGACGUGCGAUCUGGAUAUGGUCAACAGUCGAAUCACGCAUCGCCUCCAUUGCCAUACAUGUCUUCACAUGCGCCACCGGCAUCGUCAACAAUUGUCGAUGUGCGGUCACCGAUUGUCCACCGCGAACCGCCUCGCAGCAACGGGGGCCAUUCCCACACAGCCAGUGUCGAUUCGACGGUGCCAGCUGCCGCGCCGCCCAGGAGCACCAACCCUAUGUCGAUGAUGAAUCUUCUUUCGGACAGUGCAGCACCGCCAUCACCUGUUCCCAAGCCAGCACAGCCGCCGGCGCGCGCCCCUUCACCCGCUCCUGCGCCUGCAAUCGCUGAGGCCGUACCACCUCCACCUCCACCUCCAGCGGCGCCGGUCCCAGAACCCGCGCCUACCCCGGUCGCGCCAACAAAAGCAUCUCGCAAAAAGGAGCGUGCAUCGGCUGCUUCAAAAGUCAAGCAAGAAGGCAAAGAGUCGUCACGGAGCUCUGCUUCCAGCCGCAAACAAGAAAAGGCAGCAGCGGCCGCCGCAGCCACACUCGAGAAAGCAAAUGAUGCAAUGGACGACGCGCAGUCCUUGGCAAGAAUGGGCUUGUCUGGACCUCCAGGCUUGAGUGCCGAAGGAACAGAGGCUGCAUACUUGGAAAUCGAAAACGCCGAUCUAUCGGACGCUGAAGAGCUUACCGAGGAAUUCGCUGCUGCACGGAGUGACUGGCUUGAGUACCGUCGUAAACAUGCGUUGGAGCUGGAAGCUGAGGAGGACUAUAAGCGCAAGCGUCGGAGAAGAGCCGCGUUCCAGACUCAACACGAUCACUUCUACUACGCAGCAGAGUGGGAGAAGUUCGCAUAUGUCGACAAGCACGAGCAGGAAGUGGUCGAAGAGGUUCGUCUUAAAGAGAUCGAAGAGGACAAAGAGCGCAAAAAGGACCAACAGCGCAAGCGACGGCGCGAGAAGGCCAUCGCAGAUGAGCAGAUCAAGCGCGACGAGGCCUUACAAAUUCUAGCCACAACUACAGACGACGAUGAGAGACUGCGGAUUGAAAAGGAAAUUCAACGACACGAGAAAAAGAUUCGAGACACGCAGAAUCGUUUGCAAGGCAUCAUACCUUCGAAGGAACCGCGUCACGAAUCACCGCAUCAUGCUGCUGCGCAGAAAUCCAAGGAACAAGAUGUUGCUCUGGACGGCGGUCUCAUGACGUCGUUCUAUUCUGGAAGCCAAAAGGAAGGAGGCGAAGACAUAGGCACGCCAGAAGUCGCCCCAGGUAAGAAAAGGGGCGGGCGCAAUGCCGCUGCCGGGACAGGUCGUGCGCGAAAGAGCAAAGAGCAGAAGCUUGCAGAAAAGGAGAAUGCUCGUCUGGCGCAGAGCAUCAUUGACCAGGGUCAAGAUCUCCCUGUCAUUGCUCCUAAAGAAGAAGAGAGAUUGGCGAGCUAUACUGACCGAAGAUCUCGGGAGAACUCCGAGGCCUUUAGUGAUGGGCUUCCCGGGUUGCUUGAUGUUGCACCCACCGCUGGUCUCGUAGGCAUGGCUAGAUUUGAGAGCAAGGGGUACAACCAGAUUUACGAGCAGAUCACCCGCGAAAUCGCCAAGAACAGUAUGCCAAAGAUUAUUCGCAUCAAGAACAGCAGCUACGACACGAAACAGUCGAAUGCUCGCAAAACUGCUCAACUGGCGUCCAAGGAAGCCAAACGUUGGCAACAGCGAACUAACAAGGGUACCAAGGAUAUCGCUGCUCGUGCCAAGCGUGCGAUGAGAGAGAUGCUCGGCUUCUGGAAGCGCAAUGAACGCGACGAGAGAGAAGGCAGAAAGGUGGCCGAGAAGCAGGAACUGGAGAAGGCCCGGCGCGCAGAAGCCGACCGUGAAGCCAAUAGACAGAAGCGGAAGCUCAAUUUCUUGAUCUCCCAGACGGAGCUGUACUCUCAUUUCAUUGGCAAGAAGGUCAAGACCGAUGAGAUUGAGCGCAGCGGAAACGGGACCGGCCCUGUCGAAACCAGCGAUGACAAAGUCUCCGAUGACCCGAACGCGAAGCACGUCAUCAACUUGCCAGAUUCUGCCGCGAAUCUCAAGGCCAAGGUCACGAACUUUGAGGAUCUCGACUUUGAUGCCGAGGACGAGUCGGCAUUACAGCAGGCCGCGAUGGCCAACGCACAAAAUGCCAUUCAAGAAGCCCAGGACCGUGCUCGAGCCUUCAACAAUCCCCAGUCCGAUGGUGCUGCCAUCAGCGAUGCCCAAGCCAGUAUGGACGAAGGCGAGCUCAACUUCCAGAACCCGACUUCUUUGCAGAGCAUGGAUGUGGAGCAGCCCAAGUUACUUACAUGCCAGCUCAAGGAGUAUCAGCUUAAGGGUCUCAACUGGCUGGUCAACUUAUACGAGCAAGGUAUCAACGGUAUUCUAGCAGACGAAAUGGGUCUCGGAAAGACGGUUCAGUCUAUCUCCGUCAUGGCGUAUCUUGCGGAAGUGCACGAUAUCUGGGGCCCUUUCCUUGUCAUCGCGCCGGCCAGUACGUUGCACAACUGGCAGCAGGAAAUCGCCAAAUUCGUACCGACCAUCAAGACACUGCCCUACUGGGGUUCAGCCAAAGAUCGCAAAGUACUGCGCAAGUUUUGGGAUCGAAAACACAUCACCUACAGCCGCGACAGUCCUUUCCAUGUUCUCAUCACGUCGUAUCAGCUAGUCGUGCAAGACGCUGCGUACUUCCAGAAGGUCAAGUGGCAAUACAUGAUUCUCGACGAAGCGCAGGCGAUCAAGUCGUCUCAAUCGUCCCGUUGGAAGUCGCUGCUUGGCUUCCAUUGUCGCAACCGUCUCCUGCUUACUGGUACACCUAUUCAAAACAACAUGCAAGAAUUGUGGGCACUUCUACAUUUCAUCAUGCCUUCGCUGUUCGACAGUCACGACGAGUUUUCUGAAUGGUUCUCCAAGGACAUUGAGAAUCAUGCGCAAUCUAACACGAAGCUUAAUGAGGACCAACUGCGCCGUCUGCACAUGAUUCUCAAACCGUUCAUGCUGCGGCGUGUCAAGAAACAUGUACAAAAGGAGCUGGGCGAUAAGAUCGAAUUGGACAUCUUCUGCGAUUUGACGUAUCGCCAGCGCGCAUACUACACCAACCUGCGCAACAAGAUCAGCUUCAUGGAUCUCAUCGAAAAGGCCGCCGGUGGUGAUGACCAGGAUACUGCGACACUCAUGAACUUGGUCAUGCAAUUCCGAAAAGUCUGCAAUCAUCCGGAUUUGUUUGAGCGUGCAGAGAUCUGGAGCCCGAUGUCCAUGUCUUCCUGGGCCGAAACUGCCUCUUUCAUGCGUGAGGGCCAGAAUGUGGAUGUCGCAUAUAGCUCCCGCAGUCUUAUCGAAUUAUGGCUUCCGAAGAUGCUUGGCGAAGAUCCUGGCAGGCUCGACGUCGCUGGGCCUGGAAACUCCAAGGCCGGCUGGCGAAAUCGCUGGCUACACAGAGAGCUCAAUGUCUGGAACAGCAAGAAUAUUCAAGACAGCAGUCGGAGCAAUGGAGCUUUUGCAUGGCUGCGAUUUGUUGACAACCAGACUUCUAACGACCUCACGCGGACGGCACGAAGCUCCUUGUUCGAUCGCGCUUUAGCCCUCAAAGCAAAGGGCAACCGCCUUGACAAGCUUCAAGUUGCCUACGACGAUGAAGACGACAAGGAGAACGCGGGAUACACUCCGCUCAGAAACAUGCUCAAUAUUGUCGAUCGCAAUUCACGGACUUCACUCGUCAAAGCUACAGUGGAGGGCCACAUGGGCAAGCUCUUCAAUAUUGCGCAAGACGGGAUGGCAGAGAAGGGCUACAGCGUGAUUGAAACAUGCUAUCUGCCCCGUGCUUCAGCGCCGCCAGUCGAGCUCGUAUGCCCGAGCGAGCGUACUUCUAUCGAAAGAGAGACAUCAUUCUUCAAUGUGCCUCUGCGCCGUGCGUUGUAUCCCGUCGAUGCAAACACCGAGAUGGCUUUGCUGCAAUCGAAGGUGCCACCCUCAAAAUUCCCGAUGACGAAUCUCUUGCCCAAACCCGCCUCGAAUAAGCAGCGGUAUACCAAGAUUGAGGUUCCCAGUAUGCGUCGCUUUGUGACCGACUCCGGUAAGCUGGCGACAUUGGACCGUCUACUACGUGAAUUAAAGGAAGGUGGUCAUCGCGUACUGCUUUACUUCCAGAUGACUCGCAUGAUCGAUCUUAUGGAAGAGUACCUCACCUACCGCGGCUACAAAUACUGCCGACUGGACGGUUCCACCAAGCUCGAAGAUCGCCGUGAUACUGUAGCCGCCUUCCAGAGCACACCCGAGAUCUUCGUCUUUCUCUUGUCUACCCGUGCGGGUGGUCUCGGUAUCAAUUUGGUCGCCGCCGAUACCGUCAUCUUUUACGACUCCGAUUGGAAUCCGACCAUCGAUUCUCAAGCCAUGGACCGCGCCCAUCGUCUCGGUCAAACUCGUCAAGUUACUGUAUACCGUCUUAUCACCCGCGGCACCAUCGAGGAGCGCAUCCGCAAACGUGCGUUGCAGAAGGAAGAAGUCCAGCGCGUCGUCAUUUCCGGACAAGCCGGUGGCGCCAACAUUGACUUCAACAAUCGCUCUCGUGAGAACAAUCGCACCAAGGAGAUGGCCAUGUGGCUUGCAGACGACGACCAAGCAGCUGCCAUCGAACGUCGCGAGGCAGAAGUCCUUAUGGAAGAGGCCAAGGCCGCAGCUGAUGCGGCCAACGGUCUUGGAGGUAAAGCCAAGAAGCGCAAGUCGGGAAUUGCGCCUGGCGCGCGCAAGGGUGGGAAAGAAGUCAGCAUGGACGAUAUGUACCACGAAGGCGAAGGAUCCUUCGACGACGGAACAUCUCACGAGCACUCUGGCGCCGCAACGCCCAGCGGCGACAGCGGAGCUGUUUUGAAGAAGCGCAAGGGCAUCAGCAAAAAGGCCAAGACCAUCAGCCAACGACUUGCUGUCAUCGACGGCGAGGUUGGAUGAACUGGACCCUAUGAUUACUGAUGCAAAAUGGGCAGGGACGGCAUGUGGGACGUUCCUUCACAGCUCCGUGAACAGCAUCGUCAUUGGGCGUAAAUAUACGAAUCCACCAAGAGGAGU